AUGCUCGGCGUCGCGCUCCUCGCAACCCUCGUCGCGCGAGCCGCGGCGCACGGCGCCGUCUCGUGGCCGCGCCCGCGGAACGCGAUCGACCACGAGGACGCUGCGGCGCAGGCGAACGCGACCUACCCGUACCGCGGGCAGGCGUGCCCGUCUCCCGAUGGGCCCGGGCGCACAACGGGCGUGCUCGGCCAGGCUUGCUUCUGGUUCUCGAACGGCUGCGCCAUCGGCUGCGCCUCGUGCGACGGGAAGAGCCGAGGGCCUAUCCCGUCGAGCGGCGACCCCCGCUGGAGGCGCAAGUUCGACCUCUGCGGAGCAGCGGCGCGAGCGACCGUCUGCGAUCCGAGGCUCCGGACGGUCAACACCGGCGCGGCUUGCGGCUCGGAGGAGGACUGGUACUAUUACUCGCCAUGGAGAGCGCCAGGAGCGGCGCCAGUCUUUGACGCGUGCGGCAUGGCGGGAGGCACGCCAGUGGCGGGCAAGUUUGGCGGGCACUACUCGGCGACGGCGCACGCAAAGCAGGGCGACCUGGGCUCGAAGACGCUGCGCAAGGCCGCCCCGUCCGUGACGUGGACCGCCGGCCAGACGGUGGAGGUCGCCUGGACGGUGCUCGCGAACCACGGCGGCGGGUAUCAGUACCGGCUGUGCAGGGCGUCGGAGCCUCUGACCGAGGCGUGCUUCCAGCGACUUCCCCUCCGGUUUGUGGGGCGGCAGAGCCUGCUCUGGGACCGCAAGCCCGUCUUCGGCUCUUGCCCCUGGCCUCCACCAGGCACCUCUGGCGGCACGCGGGUCUGGUUCGAAGGGACGUACGUGUCGAAUGGCACGGUGCCCGAGGGGUCGAUGUGGGCGCGCAACCCACUUCCGCGCAACGACCACCAAGACACAUUUGCUGGCUUUGCGCCGGCACGCGGACGACUGCGACGCAUGUGGGGGCCGUACAACGUCGAGGUCGUCGACACGCUGGCGCUGCCGGCCGACCUGCCGCACGGAGAGUGGGUGCUCGGCUGGCGGUGGGACUGCGAGGAGUCGAACCAGGUGUGGGCCUCGUGCUCCGACGUGACGAUAGUCUCGCCGGCGCGGGCCGCGUCUUAG